AUGCCAAAAAAGAGAGCUUCCAACGGUAGAAACAAAAAGGGUAGAGGUCACGUCAAGCCAGUUAGAUGUGUCAACUGUGCUAAGUGUGUUCCAAAGGACAAGGCCAUCAAGAGAGUCACCGUCAGAAACAUCGUCGAGGCUGCUGCUGUUAGAGAUUUGAGUGAGGCUUCCGUCUACUCCGAGUACGCUCUUCCAAAGUUGUACAACAAGUUGCACUACUGUGUCUCUUGUGCCAUCCACGCCAGAAUCGUCAGAGUCAGAUCUAGAGAGGCUAGAAGAAUCAGAACUCCUCCACAGAGACCAAGAUUCGGUGGUGCUAGAUCUAACCCAAACGACAUUGCUAAGAAGGCUUUGUAA